CCUGGUGUCCUAUAAAAAGGACACGAAGAAGAACGGCUACAAGUCAUGAUUUAACUGCUCAAGAAUCUGAAACAAGAACUGAGCUGACUCCCAAGACAUCCCCAUAAACAUAGACAUCACUUUCUCCUUCGUCUUCCUCUUCGUAAGGCCGACAGUAAACAAACAAAAUGGCGGAAGGCGGAAACGGCGGCUGCAGUGAGGCCACAAUUCCGACCGGAUUGUUUUAUUCAACGGCAAAGCGACCUCGAUUAAGACAUCUACGUCUCGAGGAUCCAGAUGUCAUGUUUGCUGCACUAAAGGAUGGUGACAUGUCCGAGGUCGAAGACGCAGAGGAUGACGUGGAUGACAUGGUUGAGGCUCUUGAAGACGUUUGUGACAAUGAGUGUGAUGCACUAGAGGAGCUCUCGGCUGCCUCCAGCGAUGAAGAAGUUGACAAAAAUACACCGGAGGACAGGUCGUGGUCCAGGAGAGCUUUCAAUAAGCUAGCAGCCACGUAUCAACCUCAAUCAUCUGGUGACGAGAAUGAGAAUAAUCUUGAUGGUCUACCGACCCCGUAUGAGUAUUUUUCUCGGUACGUGCCGAAGAGUGCGUUUGUUGAUCUUGCCGAGAAAACAAACAUGUAUUCUGUUUCUCAAGAGGGAAAAUCCGUUGAAACAAAUGAAGAAGAAGUCAGAAAGCUGGUUUCACUGCAUCUAGCGAUGGGUGUCUUUCGUUACCCACGGCUGCGCAUGUACUGGAAGCCGUCACUCAAAACUGAGCUUUUCUCAACUGCGAACAUGUCACGAAACCGAUUCGAGAAGCUCAGAAACUGCUUACACAUUGUUGAUGUGAACGGAGACCACAACAGCAAUGAUCGUCUCUGGAAGGUCAGGACACUUUUGGACGCAUUUCGUGAAAGAUGUCUAAACCUGACUUUAGAGGAGCAUCUUUGCAUCGACGAGCAAAUUAUCCCGUUCAAAGGACAGCUAGACAUAAAACAAUACAUCAAAGGGAAACCAAAUCCGUGGGGAGUGAAAGUUUUCAUGUUGUGCGGUGCCUCGGGAAUUAUCUACGACUUCCUCGUUUAUCAAGGCUCAACCACUGAGCUUGUUCCAGCAGAGAAAAAGGACUUCGGAGUGACCGGAGCAUUCGUCCUCCAUCUUGCGAGGCGAAUACCGGAUGGCACUGGCCACAAGCUUUUUUUUGACAAUUAUUUUACGUCCUUGCCAGUUUUGCGGGUGCUUCGAGACAAAACUAUAUAUGCUGCUGGAACAAUCCGAUCAAACCGGACCGAGAAAUGUCCGUUGAAGCCAGAAGGCCAAAUGAAGAAGCAGGGAAGGGGGUCCUCUGACUGCCUGGUAAGCAGCGAUGAGAAAAUCAUCAUCACGAGAUGGCUGGACAACAGAGCGGUGACCCUAGCCUCAAAUUUCCUCGGCAUUGAUGAAGAGGAUGAGGUGUCACGAUGGAGCAAAGCAGACGGGAAAUAUGUAAACGUGAAACGUCCCGCAGUUGUCCGCGAGUACAACCGAAGUAUGGGAGGCGUAGACAAGACAGACUUUCUGAUAAGCCUCUACCGAACAUUCAUUCGCAGCCGAAAAUGGACACUGCGAGUUAUCACGCAUUUUAUGAACCUGUCCGUGACUAACUCCUGGCUCGAGUACAGGCGUGACGCUGAAGUUCAAGGGCUAAGGGAGAAGAUGGAUUUGCUCGAAUUUACUCUAAGUGUCGUGGAAAGUCUAGCAAAAGCUGGUUCUCCUGAUCUGCCACGCAAACGUGGAAGGCCAUCCUCCUCUCCCCUGCAGCCACUCAAAAGGCAAAAUUGCACAGCCCAGCGACCAGUGUACGACGUGAGAUAUGAUCAAGUCGGGCACUGGCCGCUCAUUGCCGAAGACCAACAGCGAUGCAAAUUGGAAGGAUGCAAAGGAAAGCCAAAAACCAAGUGUGAAAAGUGCAAAGUCCACUUGUGCAUAACAAGCACCAAGAACUGUUUCAAAACGUUUCACACGCACUAAUCAAUGUCCAGUAUUAGCGGCACCUCAAGGCAAGCAGCAUGUUUGUUUUCAAUAUUUGAAUAUUUGUGAAAGGUUGAAAAUAAACAGUAACACCAAACAUUGCUUUUUCCUUUUCUUGCAACCACUAAGCCCUGGUGUCCUAUAUAUAGGACGCGGCGCCAUCUUUAAAACUAAGGGAGUCCUAGAAAAAUUUUUUGUCUUAGUGUGUUCCUUGGGUGGCAGUGAAGCAAAAUAUCACUACAGAAAAAUUCCCAAACAGGUAAA